AUUUAAAAGCGUUUUAACAAUUAUGGAGGAAGAGCUUGGGCAAAGUGUAAAAUCAUCAUCGGUGACUCCUGUAAGUAGAUUGAUGGCAGUUUUGAGGUUUUUCGCUGAAGGAAGCUACCAACACGGUGUUGGGAAAGAUUUUGAUGUGGGGUUGGCGCAAUCAACGUUCUCAAAAACAUUGACAAAAACUUUAAAGAUCUUGGAACGCCGACUGUGCCCAGUAUGGAUUAAAUUGUCAAUGACGGAGGAGGAGAAUAAACGAGCCAAAAUGUGGUUUUACAGGAGAACCCAAUUCCCUGGCGUUAUUAUGUGUGUGGACGACACGCACAUUAAAAUACUUCCUCCUGCAGGCGAACCGUAUUUGUACUACAAUCGUAAGGGAUACUACAGCCUAAAUGCAAUGGUGAUUUGCGAUAACAAGAUGCAAAUAAGGUGUGUUGAUGCUCGGUUUCCAGGCAGUAGCCACGACUCACAUGUGUGGAAUGUAAGCGCGCAACAUAGUCGAGAGAGUCAUCGGCGUUUUGAAAAAUAGAUUUCGAUGCCUGCUAAGUGCUCGCCAACUACAUUAUUCGCCCCAAAAAGUGGUACAAAUAAUUAAUGUGGUAUGCGCAUUGAAUAACAUGUGCAUCCACUACGACGUAGAAGAUAAUACACCUGGUAUUAUGGAUGAUGAAUAUCAAGAUGUAAAUGAAGAAGAAGCGCCAUCAGAAUUUUCCAGAGAAGCGUCAGACAUAAGAAUGCGAAUUUUGAGAUCAUUACCUAACUAAUGAAAACAAUCCCAUAACUUUGUACUUCAUAUUUAUUUGAUAUAAA